CCACGCUCAUAUUCCUUAAAUCGUAGGAUGAAAAUAUAUAUCUUUUUGGCUGAUUUAAUGGUGUCAUAGUUUUGUGUUGCAGGCUUCAGUCCGAAGCUUCACCUUUGACCUUUCGUUCCAGGUGAUGCACUCCAAAAUGCUGAGGAGUUUCAGUGUCGGGUCCUUUAAGGUGGACGUGUGGACGGUCUACAGACAGCCAGGUCAUCAGUUCACCAACAAGUGGGCAGUGCUGACCAAUCCUGGGGACAUUAGCACUGGGGUCAAAGGUUAUGUCAAGUGUGACAUCAGCGUCUCAGCGAAGGGGGACGCCGUGAAGCCGGGACCCAAAGCGAGUGACGCAGAGGAGCAGAUAGAAAAGAACCUGCUGGUGCCGGAAGGUUUCCCCUCCGAGCGUCCCUGGGCUCGCUUCUUUGUGAAGGUGUACCGAGCUGAAGGCCUUCCUCGGAACAACUCCAGCAUCAUGGCCAACGUCACCAAGGCCUUCAUCGGAGACAACACGGCCCUCAUAGACCCGUACGUGGAGGUCAGCUUCUUCAAACAAGUGGGUCGCACCUCCACCCAGAAGUCUACAGCAGAGCCGGCGUGGAACGAGCAGAUCGUCUUCACGGAGAUGUUCCCGCCACUGUGUCAGAGGCUGAAGAUCCAGGUCUGGGAUGAAGGAAGCAUGGGCGACGUUGCCAUAGGAACCCAUUACUUUGACCUCAGGCGCAUCUCCAAUGAACAGGAUGGCGACAGAGGGUUUUUACCUACUUUUGGCCCCGCGUGGAUCAACCUGUACGGCUCAGCACGAAACGGGUCCAUGGGUGAUGACGCGGUGGAGCUCAAUGAGGGCAUCGGAGAGGGCGUGUCCUUCAGGGGUCGCGUCUACAUGGAGCUGGCAGUGGAGAUCCUGUCCGGGGGGUCGGGUUCAGAGUCCAAACUCAGCAGAACGCUGAAGCCGUUGAAGGACGCCAAAGCAGGUAAAGGUGGAGGGACGGGUGGUGGUGGAGGAGGAGCAGGCGGAGGCGGAGGCGGAGGAGGAGGAGGAGCGGGAGCAGCAGCCGGAGGAGCCGACGACGAGAAGGGAAAAGCCGCGGCUGCAGAGGUGCUGCCUGUGGACUCUCCUCCUGUGCUCGAUGCCGACAACAACGAGACCUUCCUCCUCUUCGGAGCCUUGUUUGAAGCCACCAUGAUCGACCGGAAGAUCGGAGACAAGCCAAUCAGCUUCGAGUUCUCCAUCGGUAACUGCGGCAACGUCUUGGAGCCUCCGGAGAAAACCGCCCCCCGGCCCCCGAGCCCUGCUGUCAGGAGGAGAGCGCUGGACGUGCCGGUCGGCGGCGUCGCGCCGGGCUCCUCGGCUCCCGGCGCCUCCCCGGCCUCCCCGCUCCUCCCCAGGGAGCCUCCGGAGGCGCCCCCCACCUCCCGGUCCACCACGCCUCCCCAGAGGCCGCUCAUCGUCGAGGGGAACAAGUACUACAUGCACCUGCCCCUGGAGAAGCAGAAGCCGUGCGUCAGUGUGCUGAGCAGCUGGGAGAACCGGGCCUACCGACUCCACACCUCCAACAUGCUGGACAACAUCGCCGUGCUGUUUGAGGAGGGUGUCGCCAGCGCUGCCGAGCUGCACAGGAAGUCCGAACCGGGGGCGGAGCAUUUGCUGGAGACCGUCCUCAGAGAAUUCUGUGCGGACGCCAGGAGCUUCGUAGCAGCAGCGGAGGCCAAGCUGAAAGCUGAGGGGAAGUCGAGCUACCUGACGCAGCUGGACAGGAAACGCCUCACUCUGUGCAAACAGGAACUGGAGAGUAUGAUAGGAGAGGCCCAGUUUGUGGUGGAGAGGAAGAGAAAAGCUGGUGGCGUGAAGGAGAUGCUGCAGCAUGCGACCAAACUCACACUGAAAAUACGCUUCCUCGUGGAGGAGCCCCAGCACACGGUUCCCGACGUGUUUGUGUGGUUGCUAAGCAACAACAAGCGCGUUGCGUACGCCCGCCUCCGUGCCAGAGACCUGUUGUACUCCAGCAGCCGGGAGGCCCGAGGGAUCCACUGUGGCAAGAUACUGACACUGUUCCUAAAGCCUCCGGGGAAGCGGGUGGCAGACUUGUCGGUCCAAGCCAAGGUGGACGUGUAUCUGUGGUACGGACCCAGCGCCGACUCCGUCCACAUGCUGGACGACCUGCCCGAAGGGUUCAGUGCGGCCACAGGGGGGGGCGCCGCCGCCGCCAGCUGCCCUCCAGCAGCUCUGCUGUGUGCGGAGCAGCACACCUUCCAGUUGCGGUGCCACAUGUAUCAGGCCCGCGGCCUCAUCGCCGCCGACGCCUCCGGCCUCUCUGACCCCUUCGCCCGGGUCACCUGUCUGUCACACAGCCAAACCACCAACGUGAUCAGUCAGACUCUCAGUCCCACCUGGAACCAGUGUUUGCUGAUGAGCCGCCUGCUGCUGAGCGGAGAUCUGCAGCACAUCCGGGAGGAGCCGCCGCGCGUCCUCGUCGAGGUGUACGACGACGACGCUCUGAGUAAGGCGGAGUAUCUGGGAGCCACGGUGGCGGUGCCCGAGGUCCGCUUGGCCUCCGACCCCUACGCCCCCCCGACCCUGCAGUACAGCCCGCUGCACUGCGGCAGCCAGCCGGGGGGAGACCUGCUGGCCGCCUUCGAACUGCUGCAGGUGGGCGGAGCGGCCGCUUGGUUUGCCUGAGGGCGGCGUGGAAUCACUCACCUGUCUCUCUCUGUGCAGGUGCACGAGUCCGCACACCAGAGUCUGCCGCCGCUGGGGAAACAGGAAGGAGGCAUCUACACGGUUCCUGCCAACAUCAGACCUGUUCUUAGCACCUUCAGGCUGGAGGUGUUAUUCUGGGGUAUGAGGGAGCUGAAGAAGGUUCAGCUGCUAUCUGUUGAUCGCCCACAGGUCUUCAUCGAGUGUGCAGGUAAAAUAUUGCGUUCCUCCGUCAUUCAGAAGUACAAGUCCAACCCAAACUUCCCCACGCUGGUGGACGCCAUAGAGCUGGAGCUGCCGGAGAACGAACACCUCCACCCCCCUCUCAGCAUCACCGUCGUUGACUGGCGGGCCUUCGGUCGCAGCACGUUGGUCGGAAACCACGUCAUCAACAACCUCAAGGCCUUCAAGUACACCCCCCCUCCGGCCCUGCCCGCCCCCGCACCGACGGCCCCCCCGCCAAAGCGCACAGAGCCACCGGGACCCUCCGCACCCCCAGAGCCAGGACUGUACCCGUCUGCCGGAGACACCACUUUGACUGCCCCGCUAACCAAUCAAGACUUCCUCAUCACUGUGGAGGGCGAAGGCCCCGCGCCUCCGCCUGCACCCGCACCUCCACCCGCACCCGGGGAGGACCUCAAGAAGACCAGGGGCGGCGCGGCGAAGAGCACCCGGGGGCGCUCCACCAAGCGGAAGAAGCGGACCAUCGCUGACGAGUCGGCGGAGUGUGUCAUCGACUGGUGGUCAAAGUACUACGCCUCGAGGGAGAAACAGGACAAACAGGACGGCUCUCCCUUCCCGGAGGUCUUUGAUAAAGCUCUGCCGUAUCAGGGCUUGCUCAGCGAUGGAAUUGACUCCUUAGUCGGCGGCGUCUCGGAUGGAGACAAGAAGAAGAAACAAAAGGGAAAAGGAACCCUGGAUCCAAACCUCGGCCCGGCGACCAAAUUAGCCACACUGAAGCUGUACAACAAGGAGCUGGAGGCAGAGUUCGGCUCUUUCAAUGAUUGGGUGAACACGUACGAGCUGUUCAGGGGGAAGGCCAGCGAGGAAGAAGGGGCGACUGAGGAGAGAUUGGUUGGCAAAUUCAAGGGACGAUUCUGCCUCUAUAAGCUGAACGAGGACAACGCGCAGGACUGGGACGGAGACGCGGACGCCGGGGACUUCAGAGUCAGCAGAGGAAUCCCCCCCAACGGCCUGGUCCAGGUCCUCAUCCGGGUCUACAUCGUCUCUGCGUCUAACCUUCACCCUGCCGAUCCGGACGGGAAGGCGGACCCUUACAUUGUCCUCCGGCUCGGCAAGAACGAAAUCAAAGACCGGGACAACUACAUCCCCAAGCAGCUGAACCCCGUGUUUGGGAGGUCCUUUGAGAUGCAGGCGACGCUGCCUCGGGAGUCCCUGCUGUCGGUGAUGAUCUACGACUACGACCUGGUGGGGGGGGACGACCUGAUGGGAGAGACUCGCAUCGACCUGGAGAACCGAUUCUACAGCCGACACAGAGCCACCUGCGGACUCCCCACCGAGUACAGCCUAGACGGCUACAACGCCUGGAGAGACGGCCUGAAGCCCUCGGAGCUGCUGUCCAAGCUGUGCAGAGACCACGGCCUGGAGGAGCCUCUCUUCAGACCGGGCCGCAUCAGCGUGGCCGACAAGGUGUUCGUGGGAAAGACGUGCUUCAUGCACGAAGACGAGCCCCUGGAGUCCUAUGAGCACCUGUCGCUGAAGGUUCUGCAUCGAUGGGCUGAGAUUCCGGCCGUGGGAUGCAAGCUGGUCCCGGAACACAUCGAGACCAGAACCCUGUUCAACAAGGAUCGUCCUGGCAUGGACCAGGGUCAGGUCCAGAUGUGGGUCGACAUUUUCCCGAUGGACUUGCCUCCCCCGGGACCUGCAGUGGACAUUUCCCCUCGUAAACCCAAAGGGUACGAGCUGAGAAUCAUCAUCUGGAACACAGAGGACGUGAUCCUGGAGGACAGCAGCUUCCUGACCGGCCAGCAGUCCAGCGACAUCUACAUCAAGGGCUGGCUGAAGGGUUUGGAGGACGACCGGCAGGAGACCGACGUCCACUACAACUCUCUGACCGGCGAGGGGAACUUCAACUGGCGCUUCGUGUUCCCCUUCAGCUACCUGCCCGCCGAGAAGGUGAUAGUGGUGAGCAAGAAAGAGCACAUUUUCUCUCUGGAUAAAUCGGAGCAGAAGCUUCCCGCCAUCCUCAGCCUGCAGGUGUGGGACUUCGAGACGCUCUCCUCCGACGACUUCCUGGGCACGGUGGAGUUGGACCUCCACGGUUUCCCAAGAGGGGCGAAGACGGCAAAGUCGUGCAAGGCGGACAUGUUGACUGAGGGGACGGAGAGGAUCUCCAUCUUCCAGCAGAAGAGAGCGAGAGGCUGGUGGCCCUUCGUCAAGUCUGGAGAGCUGACGGGGAAAGUGGAGGCGGAGUUCCAUCUUCUAAUUGCUGAGGAGGCCGAGAAAAAUCCCGUGGGUCGAGCUCGCAAGGAGCCGGAGCCGCUGCCGAAGCCAAAUCGACCGGACACGUCCUUCUCCUGGUUCGUCAACCCGUUCAAGUGUUUCUUCCACUUGGUGUGGCGGAGCUACAAGAAGUACAUCGUCAUCGCGCUGGUGCUGCUCAUCAGCGUGCUGUUCCUCGCGCUGCUCUUCUACACGCUGCCGGGAGCCAUUUCUCAGAAGAUAGUCAACGGCUGACCACACCAGCGCCGCGAAGCUCUGCUCAAGGGUUGGACCUUUAGACCUCCCUCUUUUUUGAGCGUGUGCUGGAGGGAUGAAGAGAACUUUCUACAUGUUAAAAUAGUCCAUCAGAUUCUGAAUGAGUUUAUGUUGAAGGCCUCGUGAGACAUAAGGGCAGGGACAAUAGAUCCAAUAGAAGUUCACUAUGAAUUGAAACUUUAUUACUUCUUUAUUAAGCAUAGAUGACAUUAGCAGACAAGCUUUGCUGUUAUUGAAUGAAGGUCAAAAUUGAGUCAAAUUUUCAUGUAUUACUUUUUGGAUGACAAACAUUUGUAUUCAUACAAUGAUUGACAUAACUAAAGUUUUUUUUUCUUAUACCUAAAGAUUUUGUAAUUCUUCAUAAUGUUUGUUACCUUUAAUGACUUUAUAUAUAUUUGACUUCUUACUUUUCAUGACAAAAACAUUAUACAUCAUGAUAUCCUUUGACUUUUUUUCAUUUCCUAGAACUCCAGAGAGAACAAAGGAGGCAAAGAUAUGAAAUAAAAGUUCAACAGAGCUUGUUUCAGCUGCAUUUAUAUCUUAAUUUACGCAAUAUCUGUAUCUGGUGAUCCUUAAUAUGGCAAAACUACAAAAAUCUUGCCAAAACAAAUGGGACAACCCAUUCUGUCCAAUAUUCAGAUGACUAAUGCACACUGAAGAGCAGAAGGACAACUUGUGAAUGCUCAAGGAUUUCACUUUGAAGGUGGGAUAAAAGAUAUAAAUAUGUUCUAUUCCCACAUCUACCAGCUGGGGGAUCUCAAGGCGUUCCCAGGCCAGUGCAGAGACAUCUCUUUACCUGGUCCUGGUUCCUCACCAGGGAGGAGCAGCGGCUCUACUCCGAGCUCC